CUCUCUCUCUCUGUAUUUGUGGAUGAGUGUCUAUGUAAGUCCCCAAAAACACCUGUGGGUGAAUGUACGCAGAACGGUGUGAGUGAGCGACUGUUGAUACAAGUGCCAGGAGGCGCCUUUGCGAGUGCGAACGUGUUUGUGUAAAUAGUAAUACACAUCGAGUGAGCCACCCGUUGCGUCGUCAGCCACCAUGCAGGACAGCGUGACGUCCGAGGAGGACCUGGAGGCACUGAUGGAGGGCAUGGCCUACAUCCCGGGCCACUUCCACCUGGACCUGCACCUGAACGGCGAGGCCCGGGGCUCCCACCCCGGCCGGGCCGAUCUGCGGCGCCGGGACACCCUGCUGCGGCUGGAGAGCCUGCGCGCCCAGCAGCUGGAGGCUGAGUGCGGGCCGCUGCAGUACGCUGCCCGCAACCUCCUGGGCCUGCUGGACUUCCACCUGGAGCGGCUGGACGAGGCCGAGGAGGCCUUCCGGGCUGUGUGCCGAGACGACCCAGGCAACCUCAACGCCUGGGCCAACCUGGGCUACGUGUACGACCGGCUGGGCAGGGAGGCGGAGGCCGGGGAGUGCGUGGAGAGGGUGUCGGCCCUCAUGGGGCUCAGGGAUCGGGAUCGGGAUGAGGAGCAGGAUAGGUGCAGGCUGCGUGCGGCGCGGUGCCUAGCGGAGCAUGCGUACACGCAGCCCUGGGAUGUGGAGCUGGAGGGGGACACGGAGCUCCGGGAGAGGCUCACUGCCGCACUGACCCUCUACAACAGAGCGCUGGACUACGGAGCACAGCUGAUCCCAAUAGAGGAGAAAAGAAGCUGGUAUUUCAAAAUGGCCACCAUCUACAUCAGGUUGGAUGGACUCAUCCGAGACCAAGAAGACGCGGAGUAUUCCAGACUGCCCCUUUAUAACAAGGCCAUGAGGCUGCUCACAGAUGUGCUGGAGUCAGACAGGGUCCAACUCAAAGCGCUGGCCUGGUGCAAUGUGGGGGUGCUUCUGGAGAGGAAGGAUGAGUUCUCCACUGUGCCCAUGGCCGUCCACGACUGCGGAUACACAGACUCCGAACCACUCUCCUGCUAUGGCCUGGCCAUCAAGUUUGCCACAGACGAUGCCCUGAUCCUCAACCAGCUGGCCAACAUCUUCCUGCAGCUGGGCAAGCAUGACAUGGCCACGGGCAUCAGCAACAUGGCGCUCAACGUGCUGCCAGACCCGGAGCUCAACUGGCAGGCCUACUGCAACCGUGCCAAGAUCAACGUCAUGACAUACGUACGGGACCUGGAUAGGGCCAAGCAGGGCCAUGGAGGGAUACCGGACAGGCAGAGCCUGCGGGAGGCUAAGGCAGACCUGGAGCGCGUCCAGAGUGUCAGGCCCUGCCUUAGAACACACCUGGAGAUGGCACAGGUGCACUACUACAUGGGGGUGGAUGCGGUGCAGGAGUCCCUGCUGGUGGACGAGGCGGCGGUCAACAGUGCCCUCGUGUGCCUGGCGCGAGCGUUGCAGUGCCCGCCUGGCGAGAGCCUGGCCGAGCUGCAGCUGCUGCGUGGGCGGUGCCUGCUGCUCAAAGGGGAGGAAAACAACGCGGUCGACUGCUUCCUGCGCGCCCUGGAGCUGCAGAGGCCCGGGGCGGCCGACUCCGCCGUGCUGCGCUGCCUGCUGACCGCCCUGCUGGCCUGCUGCUGCCAAGGCCCCGACCCGGACAGCGCCAUCUGCAGGCUGGAGGAGAGCGUGCGGAGGGCGGAGAAGAGCUACUCGGUGGCGGUGGUGCGGGCCGAACUGCGGACGCUGUGCCGGGCGCACACGGCCGACGUGACGGAACUGUCCAAGACGUUGGUGAAGAGGGGACGCACCAAGCUGGUGCGCCACCUACUGGAGAGCCUGCAGCCGCGCGUCAAGCCGCCGCUCACACGCUCAUUCACUGUGUGAGCUGGGCACCAACCCUUUACAGCCAGUUAGGGGUCACCGUCACCACAUGACACAAACAUUACAAAUAUUGUCCAUAAAGGGGGCAUCUGUGGGGUGUAGUGCCCAGGGGCACCACAGUGUCUUAAUAUGGUCCUGAGUGGUGUAUGGUGUUAGGGGGAGGUUCAAUGUGCCGAUGGCAUGUAGGGCCUGCUGACAGGGGUGGACAAACAGGGCAGUUGUCCCAUGCCCAGGGUGAGGGGCAGAAUGUGGUCCUCAGUACUGUACAUUCUAUGAAUUGAGGGGGGCCCCAUACAGAUUAUUUUGCCGUGGGCUCGGCAAAAGCGGUCAUCGGCCCUGCUGGCACAGGGGGGAAGGGAAAUGUGGGCAAUGCUGCUGUGGAUUUGCAUGAGUUUGUGUGUGAGAGUGGACACGUGAAUAUGUGUGUUGGUGUGUGCACGUGUGAAUAUGAGAGCUUGUGCCAACUGGUCGUUUUGUGUGUUUGAAAAAGGACUACACAUGAGUUUUUUUUGUGUGCUUUCAUGUGUUUUGGAGCGGAAGACAACAAGGUGUGUAUAUGUACACACACCCCUAAAGCAGUCUUUAACAGGCUCUAACUAAAAAAAGAAUAGGCAACUGCAGACUGACACAUCCUAGACAUGUCACUUCCAUUAUUACAACAGGAAAAACAAGAAGCAUCUGGUUUGUGGGCUAUGUCAAGUCUCGUGUGUCGACAGGAAUCGUUAAAAAAAACCUAACCCCUCUUUGCAUUUGCACCUAUUGUUCUAUUUCCUGUGCACUUUGUAUCUGCAAGUGUUUUAUGCUGUGAAUGUGUCCUCGAUUGUAAGUCACUUUGUAUAAAAGUGUGUGCCAAAUGUAAGAUGUAAGGUAAUGUCAGUUCUCUUCUUCACUCACUGUCUGGUUCUCAUCUACUUUGUCACAACUUGAGAUAGACAUCCUCAACAAGUCUGCUGAAAACCUGAUCAGCAGAAAUGAAUCCAGACACAGCCUGGAGCUGUAGAUGAACAAUUUGAAAUGAAAUUAAUUAAUAUCAUACUUUCAAGAUCUGCUAGUGACACUAGUAACAAAACACCAAUGGGGGCAUUCACUAUUGCAAUGACCUGGGCCGCUGACAGCUUUGAUCGGGCCCAGGACCGUCCGACCCCAUCUGAAAGGGCUCUCCACUCAAUACAUAAAAUGCAAUGAGGACCUAAUUCUGGGCCGCCUUAGCAUAAUGACUUCUUUAGUGUUUUUAUAAUGUGAAACACCUUCCAUAACAGACCCGCUCAGACUUCUGACAAGCUCUGAGGAAUGCGGUGACUGGGCCUGAAACUCCGGUUUAAGCACGGUCAAUCUGUCAAUGGGGAGCUUCAAGCCUGCAUAGCCGGUAAUCAAGCAAAACUUCCUUAUAAUGACUUUGUUGACAUUGGGGAAGAGAGUCACACAGGAGUUGAUGAACUGUAUUUUAAUGCUAUGUGUUUAUGCUGGCGAGUGGAAAAUGACUGCAGAUGACGUUGAUAAGC